AUGCCCAAGCUGGCUCCUAGAGUUCCUGGCUCCGUGCCCACGUCGACAACGAACUCGACUAUAUCCUCCCGUGAAUCGUCUCCCGUCCGCUCCUCGCAGCGUUUGCGCAACUCCACGUCCCAGUCCCGCUUGUCGUCCCGGCCUCGCAAACUCAGUUCUGAUCGCAGUCCGAAUCGGACCACGAACACUCACAAUUCGGGUUCGGGCACUCAACCCCAAACGACUGUUGCAUCGCGGCCACCGCCCCAAUCCAACAAACCUCCCUUGAUCAAUCUUCCUCCCUCCAAUGCCGAACCGUCCACCGAUGUCCCCAGCCCAGAAAAGCCCAACAUGCCGCUAUGGCCUACGUCUCGACGGCCGGAACCGGAGCCAAACCUCGCGAAUAUAUCCAGCAAACGAGCCACACCGCUCCCCGACGAACCCGCCUCCAAGACGGAUCGGACGGCGCCCCGUGCCGUAAACCGACCCAAUGGACCCGUUUCCGCUCUGGAGACCGUCCAAGAGAUGGCCAGCGACCAGUCUACGCCGUCAACCGAUACUGUCCUUUACCAGCCCUUUCCCGAAGAACCUCGCCUGCACAAGAUCGACGAAGAUCCCGGUGUUAAGACGCCAAAGCAGACGGUGGACAGUGGAAGUGAUAGUGGAGGGAAUAAAAGCGCGGCCGAACAGAUGGAAGAAAAUCGUCGACGCUACUCAGCGUCACGUCAAGGCUCAGAUUCGCUGAUCCCAAAGCGGUCAUCGACAUCGUUAAGUGGAGGUCGUGGGAAACCCGGCGAUGGGUCCGUUCGAAACAUGAUCGUGGAAACCGAAACAGUCAGUUCUAUCCCUCAGGUCUCUUUAGGGGUAGCAACCGGCGAUCGAAGCAACUCGGGCCGCGUCGACUCAGGAACCUUGCGGAUGAAACCCAGUACUGAGACGAUCCGCCCAAAGAAAGAGAAGCGGCGGACACGUAAACCGGCUGCUCUGUCGAGCGGUGCCGCAUCGUCAAAAGCAGAUAUCUUUGAAGCUAAAGUCGCAAGCGCUGUCGAUGAGGCGGACGUCUCCGAUUCCGAUGAGACGUUUGUUUACGAGUCGAACCCGCCGGAUCCGUAUCCAGUUCGGCAGAAUCGCUACCAUUCCCGCACACCUAGUGCGACCUCCAUGGCGAGUCAGGUCGACCAGUUGGCCGGCCGUGCACGUGGACUUCGGGAUGGAAACCAAAGCGUUACUGGGAAACGCAGCAUGAAGUUUACGAAUAAUACGUACACGAGCAGCGUGGAUGGCGAUGCCGGCGAAGAUAGUACCCGCAGUCACCCCCGUGUUGACGGCAACGGUUCUCAUACUCCCCGCCACUACCAUAUUGGACGGUAUGGGCGGAACAAUAACAUGUAUCCGUCUUUGUUUGACGGGGACUCUCCGUUUCCCCAGUCCCAGCCACACAAGUCGCCGCGGCAUUUCAUCGGCAGCGGGUUUCGCCAGUCGCGGCACCCGGGGUCCCGCACUGCUCCCAACUACCGCACGAUCAACGGUGUCAAAAAGGCGGGCGAUAUGUACGGUUACGAUUUUGAUGCCGAGGGCGCUGAUGAUGAGCGUACCCCGCUAGUCGGGUCACCGCGCAUAACACGGAGUCGGCACGGCAACCGCCGUCCGAACAGUGCAAGUCUCCGUCAGAUGGAGUAUAUGCAACAGCGACAACAAGGGUACUUCUCCAGGUAUGGUGCCUGCGUGAUGAUCAUUAUACUGCUGCUGUUGGUUGUGGGAGGGGCCACCUCGUUUAUUGUGGCCAUCACCAAGAGCCUCGUGGACGUGCAGAUUCUCGAGAUUCAAAACGUACUCUCGUCCGAGCAGGAGAUCAUGUUGGACUUGAGCGUACAGGCAGUCAACCCGAAUUUGUUUCCUGUGGCGAUCGACGAUAUGGACAUGAACAUCUUCGCCAAAAGCCGCUAUGUGGGCACGGAUAAGUUCUGGCGAGACCACGGUUCUGACUCGAGCGACUUCCCUCGGGUGGAGGAUAGUCGAAAACGUGCCGAGCUCGCUCGCAUUGUCCGCUGUAAUGGUGACUCGGAAUGUCUGGCGGAGAUGUCAACGCGGUCGGUGCACAUCAGUGACGGGGUCGACCGCGGCACCGAUCCCAUGGACCCCGAUCCGACGGGCGAUCCGCAGACGAUGCUUCUAGGCCGAGUGUUCCAUUUCGACUCUCCGCUGACCUUCGAUCCAUCGCCGUGGAACCAGCAGGCAGCCACUUCGAAAGGUCAAAUCCGGCUGGCUCGACCGGGAAAUAAGACCGAGGAGGGUGGCACGGAACGGUGGGAGCGUGUGCUGCAACAUCCCUUCGAUCUGAUCGUCCGCGGCGUGGUGAAGUACCAGCUGCCAUUGAGUUCACGCUUCCACUCAGCCUCGGUCAGUUCCAGCGUCAGGGUGGUACCCAACGACGACAGUGACCCCAACCCUACGCCGGGCAACAAUGACACCGUUGGGAUCACCGCAACGAAGUUAUACCGGCGAUCAUUACCGCCGCGUCAGUUGAAUGAGCCUUCCAUCCUCCAUUCUGUGCGUGAAGUGCUCGGAAGAACUGCACGACUCUUCACCGCUUGA